AUGGAGGAUGAUGGUAUUUUAUUAAACUUUAGCACAACACCAAAACAAGUAAAUAACUCCAAGGUUAAAAGAGGAAAUACCCGUGGUGUACAGAAAGGGAAUAAUACAAAAGUAAAAGCACCACAACCAAAAUUACCUGUUACUGAUGAAGAUACAACAAAAAACGAAUCUGCAGAAACAGAGGAAACAUCGACAUCAGCUGGAGUUGUACCAGGCACAAAGAUUCUUCAUGGUAAAGCACAAGUCAUUUCUUCUCUCUUUUCUUCAAUUCCAGCAAUACCUACCACCUAUCAUAAAAAGUCAGUCAAUACUCGUGAAGAAGGUGCAAGUAAUGCUCCUCUUGAUUCAAGCUCAUUUAUUGGCAUUGGAAUUGAAUCUGAUUUAGCAGAUAAUUUGAAUAAUAAACUGAAUGUUGUUACACCUACUAAAGUACAGGCUAAAGCGAUCCCAAUUUUAUUGGGUCCUGUUUCACCUCAUCAGACUGAAGAUGUAGAUGUGAUCGUCCAAGCAGAAACAGGUUCUGGUAAAACCCUCACUUAUUUAUUACCUAUCGUCAACCGUUUAAUUGCUGCAUCUACAGCAUCUAAAGAUGCAGUAAAACCUAAUGAACAGCCCUUUGGUGAUCGUACAGUUGGCACAGUAGCUAUCAUCUUAACACCUACACGUGAAUUGGCGCAACAAGUUCAUGGUGUCUUGACAACACUCGUUAAUUUACCUCGACCUAAGGAUGAAAAUAUACGUCGAUUACAUUGGAUUGUUCCAGGGAUUGUGAUUGGUGGUGAUUCAAAGGCAAAAGAAAAGGCACGUUUGAGAAAGGGUGUUAACAUUCUUGUGAGUACACCAGGCCGACUUCUAGAUCAUUUAGAAAAUACCAAGAGUUUUGAUAUCAGCCAUUUGAAAUGGUUAGUUUUAGAUGAAGCAGAUCGUUUAUUAGACUUGGGUUUUGAAGAAACACUUAAAAAGAUAAUGAAUAUUAUUAUCGAGAGAACUAAACAAGGUAGUGGGUCGCCAAAGUUUAAGCAAUCGUUAUCAACUAAAUAUUGGCCCAAGAAACGACAGACUAUUUUAUGUUCAGCUACUCUGAGAGAAGAUGUCAAAGAAUUAGCGGGUUGGUCUUUAGAUAGUCCUGCAUUUGUAAGCGCUACAGAUUCAAAACGAGAUGCAUCCAAGAUGUUAAAUACAAAUUCAUCUACCAAUAAAGAGGAUGAAACAGAUGAAAUGAAAUUUACUACACCUAAUCAAUUAAAACAAACAUAUACCAUCGUUCCUGCUAAAUUACGUUUGAUUACUUUAUUAUCACUCAUUCGAUCUUCUCUUUAUGAUAAACAGCAAAGAAAGAACAUUAACUGUAAGGUGAUUGUCUUUUUGUCGUGUUGUGAUUCUGUUGAUUUUCAUUACAAUUUGUUUGCAAAUGCUGGUAAACCCAUCUUGGAUGACGAUUCAGAUGAGGAAAUGGAUGAUGGAGAUGACGAUAACGAGAAUGCCAUCAUGCAAAGAGCUUUGAAAAAAAUUACUGGCAAAAAUGAAAAUAAACAUAUCAAGAAGAACAACAAAGAUACAAAGGAAGUUGAAGAAAUUAGUCAAAUAAGUACAUUACUGUUGGAGAAACCUGUUUUCCGUCUUCAUGGUGAUUUGAAUCAACAAAUACGAUCACAAACAUUUGCAGAAUUUAGUAAAGUUAAAGCAGGUGUUUUGUUUUGUACUGAUGUUGCAGCUCGUGGUUUAGAUUUGCCAAAUGUAGAUCAUAUUAUUCAAUAUGAUGUCCCUACUGAUCUUAAGGAUUACGUUCAUCGUGUAGGUCGUACCGCUCGUCUUGGUAAAGCAGGUAGAGCUAGUCUAUUUUUAUUACCUAGUGAAAUGGAAUACCUUGAUAUUCUUAAAGCUCAGGACUUAUUCCCUGAACCUGUUAAAAUGGAAAGCAUUUUAGAAAACCUUGCUGAAUAUAAGAAUGAUUAUCAGACACCUGCUCAAGAAUUACAAAACUCUAUGGAAAAUUAUAUUUUAUCAAAUGAAAAUAAUAUCAUGUUAGCACGUAAAGCCUUUUGGUCCACAUGUCGUGCUUAUGCUACACAUCCUGGAUCAGAGAAACAUAUUUUCCAUAUUAAAAGGGUUCAUUUAGGCCAUUUGGCUAAAUCUUUCGCCUUAAGAGAAGCGCCAUCUAAUAUUCAUGAAAGAACAAAGAAUAAGAAAAAGAAGGACGCUAAGAAUGAAAAAAUGCCUGGUAUGAAGAAAUUUGAAGGCAAGGAGAAAAGUGUAGGAUCUAGAAAGAAUAUAAGUAAUCCUUUAAAGAGAAACUUUGAUCAUGCUAGUGAAUUUGCUAUUGCUAGUGCCACAUCCUUAACAGAUGGUCCCACCACAAAGAAGAAGAAGAAGAAUAAAGGUGGCAAAAAAUAA